AUGUAUCGAGAGUGGGGUAAAACUAAUUACAUCAACCUCGGCUCCUUCCUCAUCAAGCCCGUGCAGCGGGUGAUGCGUUACCCGCUGCUGCUGAUGGAGCUGCUUGGGGCCACACCGGAGAGCCACCACGACCGGCCCCAGCUGACUCAGGCUCUGCUGGCCAUCAAGGAGAUCAACGUCAACAUCAACGAGUACAAACGCAGGAAGGACCUCGUGGUGAAGUACAGAAAAGGGGACGAGGACACGUUCAUUGACAAGAUCUCGAAGCUGAGCAUGCACUCCAUCAUCAAAAAAUCCAACCGAGUCAGCAGCCACCUCAAGCACCUCACAGGAAUUUCACCUCAGAUUAAAGACGAAGCGUUCGACGAGGCUGAGAAGAGAUUCAGGCUGCAGGAGAGGCUCAUCAAGUCUUUCAUUAGGGACAUUUCUCUGUACCUGCAACACAUCAGGGAAUCUGCAUCUGUGAAGGUGUUGGCUGCCAUCAGUUUCUGUGACAUCUACACAGAACGCAGUGCGCUGGACCCUGAGCGCUUCCAGAGAGCUCACCGCAGCAUCAGCGACAAACAGUUCACACAAUUUAAGGAGCGCACCGAGGCCUUGGUCAUCAACCCGCUCACCCAGCUGCUCCUCAUGUUCACCGGGCCGCACAAGCUCAUCCAGAAGCGCUUUGACAAGCUACUGGACUACGACAACUGCAAGGAGCGUGCCGACCGCCUCAAGGACCGGCGUGUCCAGGAGGAGCUGCAGGUGGCGCGCAACAACUACGAGGCGCUCAACGCUCAGCUUCUAGACGAGCUGCCCAAGUUCCACAUCGCCGCAGAGGAGCUGUUCACGGGCUGCGUGAGGGCGUUCGCUCAGGCUCAGAAGAACUUCAUGAAGACGACUCUGGGAGAGUUGAAGCCCAUUCUACAGAUUUUUUCUAACAAAGUGGGCACGGAGGGCAACCUCAUCGCACAGUUCCAAGAAGAGUACAGUCGAGUUCUCCAGCUUCUGCAGCGCUUCAGCUUCUGCCCACAGAACCUGCCUCCAGCCACCGCCACUGCAAAGAAGCCCUUCGAGAAGAAGACGAUGGAGAAGCAGACCUCGAAAAAGCAACUGCAGGGACCUCCAAAUUACAUCAUGCAGACCGAGGAGCACCGAGCAGGACUUCUGGUGCGCUAUGGUCCUGAGAAACUUUUCCAGGCUGAGAGAAACUUUAAUGCUGCCCAGGAUCUGGAUGUCUCCGUACUAGAGGGAGAUCUUAUAGGUGUGAUCAAGCAGCAGGACCCCAUGGGUAGCAACAACCGCUGGCUAAUAGAUAAUGGAGUCACCAAAGGUUUUGUGUACAGCUCCUUCCUCAAACCUUACAACCCACGUAGAAGCCAAUCAGACGUCUCCAUCGAGAGCCAGUCGUCCAAUGAGUCGGGCUACGGCGGCUCCUCCCCCGUCUUCUCCCGCCAGAACAGCAGCAGCACGCUGACCUUUAACCAGGAAGCGGCCACCGUCAGCUUUUCCACGCAUCCCCAGAGCCAGUCAUCGCCACACCCGUCGCUGGACUCGGCCUCAUCUCGCAGGAGUCUCCCCAGAGACACACCCAACGCCGACUCCGCCAGUCUGAGCAACUCCAUAAACUCCUCCCCCCGAAAUCCCUCAAACCGAAGGGAGAUUUCAGACCAAACGUACCGGAACUCCCCGAGUCACAGAGACGCGGAGCCUUCGUACCGCCACUCUGGAAACCACAGAGACUCGUACGACGCGGGUACGAGCCGCCGCAAGGAGACGUCGGACCUCUCUGAGACAGACACUUCUACUUCGCACAGAAACAAUCAAUCACAGCGGUAUGGACACACAGACAAAUCCUACAGCUCGUACCAGUGGAGAAACGGAGACAGUGGUGGCCAAAAGAAGUCGGGUUACUCCAGAGACGAGUACAUCGAGCCAGAGCCGGAACGAGAGGAACCAGAGGAACCAGAGGAUGAGAGCGAAUUAGACGGUCACCAGAUUUACUACGCCCUCUACUCAUUCAGCGCCCGUUGUGCCAACGAACUGAGCAUCUCGGCCAAUCAGCGGCUGCGGAUCCUGGAGUUCCAGGAUUUGAACGGCAACAGCGAGUGGUGGCUGGGAGAGGCGGGAGGCCAACGAGGCUACGUGCCUUCCAACUACAUCCGCAAAUCAGAAUACACAUGAACAAAGUCUUAUCGCGUUGACGAUAAUUGCGACAGCACUUGGAGCCAGUCUGAGAGCAGACAGAACAAAAGCAACGAACAAGCAUUGGUUUAUUUUCGAUCUGUUGUGAGAAGGACUGACUUUGCUGCUGACGCUGCUCCUGAAAGUUAGCAUUACACGCCUAAUAUUUAUAGACUGUUUUUUAAUUUGCUGGAACCUGCCCCCUCUCAUUCCAGUGAUAAACCUGUGAAUUGCACCAGAUUUUUUUUGCCAUACACUCUGCAGAUGAUGACAAUGAAUUGUAUGUGUGAGCGAGCAGACUUUUCGGUGAGCGUAUUGGGAGAUUUGCAAUGGAAAUAUGAAGGUUUUGGGUUCAGGCUGCUUCUUGUGAACAAACAAUGAAGUGAUAUGCACACAGACUGACCUAAACACUGUGUUAGAUACUUUUCUUCUUCAUGCGGUUCAUUACUGUUCAACAAAGCUGAGGCACUUAAUGACUAUUAUCCACUGGUUGCCAGUUUGAAGUGUCUGGAGUGUUGUAUAAAAUUAUUAUUGGGACUAUUCGAAUCAAGACCAAGGACAAAGUUAAUGCAUAUGAAAUACUGUUUACAAGUUUUCCCCUCCGGCUUUUUCAAUACGUUAUUCAACCCGGUUGACACUGUGUAAACAGGUGAUGACCCAUUUUUACCUGUUAGAGGACGGACAGGGAGAGAGAUUUCUCCACAUGCUCCUCUUUAUAUUAUCCAUAGUGCUGUACAGUGAAAAUAUGAUAUUGCACCCACUGUAAAGUGAUCACUGUUUGAUUAAAAAAACAGCUCAGCUGACAAAUA